AUGUAUCUAUUGAGAAGAUAUAGGUCACUCCUUCCAUAUGUUUUCGUGUCUGUGUUUGCCUUGGGGAUAAUUUUCUCUGUUUACGUUUCCAAAUCCGAGAAUGAUAUUAGAAAGCUUGAUGGUUUCAACGCCGACCCAAUUGAAAAUUCACAACCUGGAACUCCUGAAGCUGUUGAAGAGAAACCAAAUGACGACGCAGACGUCAAAACAUAUGCGUUGGAGAAUGCCCCUGAUCCUUACGCCGACCAAAGCAAUGUGGAAAAAUAUAUUGAAAAACAAUUGAACAGUGAAGGAUCAGAGAUUAAAGAUAUCUCAAAGAUGACAGACGAAGAAAUAAGGGAGAAGCUACGGAUCAUAAAGCAUGAACAAGAAGAGAAGAGAAAGAAAUCACAAGAAGUGGUUGAUUUUACUGAUCCUGCAGAUAGAGUUGAAGGGACCAUGAUUGACAAUAAUUCUAAAACGAGGUUGGACCCCCCGCCAGAUGGCCAGCCUUGGGCACAGUAUGAGCUUGAAAGGAAAGUGCCGGACGGAUUAGUUGGUAAUGGAGGACUAGUCAAUGCGACACUGUUUACGUUAUGUCGAAAUUCCGAGCUUUAUUCCAUAUUGGACUCGAUCCAUCAGUUGGAGACCCGGUUCAAUGGCAAGCAUCAUUACGAUUGGGUUUUUCUGAAUGAUGAGCCAUUCAGUGAGGAGUUUAUCGAGUUGACAUCGAAUCUAAUCAGCGGGCGUGCUAGAUAUGGAUUGAUUCCAAAGAAACACUGGACGUAUCCUGAAUAUGUCGAUCAAGACAAGGCACGUGAGAUUCGUGAAAGUCGAAAAUGGGCGCAAAUCACCUAUGGAUCAAGCGAAUCAUACAGACAUAUGUGUAGGUUCAACUCGUUGUUUUUCUACAAACAUCCGAUCAUGGAGGAGUAUGAUUAUUAUUGGAGGGUUGAACCAGAUGUUAAAUUCCACUGUGACAUUAUGCAGGAUCCAUUCAAAUACUUCCUUGAGAACAAAAAAAAGUAUGGAUUUACCAUUUCCAUGAGGGAAUUACCGAAUACGAUUGAGACACUAUGGGAUACCAGCAAACUGUAUUUUGGGCAACUCCAAGAAGAUUAUUUCUCCAAGGAGAACCGAGAGAAGAAUCUGGCCGACUUUAUAACCGACGAUUCUGGGGCUAGUUAUAACCUUUGCCAUUACUGGACAAAUUUUGAGAUUGCAGACUUGAGUAUCUAUAGAAACGAAAUCUAUCAAGGAUAUGUUGAACAUUUAGAUCGUGCUGGAGGGUUUUUCUAUGAGAGGUGGGGGGAUGCGCCAAUCCACUCUAUUAUUUUCAGUCUAAUGUUGAGUAAGAAGGAGAUCCAUCUGUUUCAAGAUAUCAGUUACGAGCAUACUGUUGGAAAGAGCUGUCCAUUAAACCGGGAACUACAUCGGAAGGCGCAAUGUAUCUGUGAUCCGGAGGAUAACUGGGUGUUGACCAGUGACAGCAGUUGUAAUUUAAAAUUUCUUGAUGUUGUUGAAGAUGCAAAGCCGCCCGAAUUGGAGGCGUACCUGCAGCGGAUUGCCAACAAGAAGUUGGAGGAGGAGGAAUUACGACAAGAGCAGCGGAAACUACGGAUGGAGACGGCACGGCGAAGCAGUGAGGCACGUCGUAGGAAAGCCGAAGAGAGACGGAAGGCCCGGAUUGCUGCCAAGGAAGCCCAUAGGAAUAAGCAGAAAGAGCAACAGUAG